CAACGGGCAAGCACUGUCGCCGUCCCAGCUCUCAACACCACCACGCAUGCAACAGUAGCCAGCUCUCAUAACGGGGCGAUCUCCGUCGACCGCGACCGGUGGCCCGCUCCGCCGCGCCGCACGCACGUGGCCACCGCAGAGCUCCAAAUCCCAAGCCCCCUUCCACACCCAAUACCUUGCCUGGAAUCCGCGGCCACGCAACGCCGGGCGCCACCCGCCACCGCUACCGUCACCUCGAAGGGCGCCAACAGUACGCAUACGAUUCUUGCUCGACUUGGCCGGCCUCCUCCCCGUCUCCCCGCGUCUUAAGUCUUAACAGAGCCGAUCCAGAGGUAAAUCCGAGCAAGAAUCCAUCCAUGGAGGCCGAGUCGAGAAAGCUGCUGCUCCUCGCGCCCGUCCUGCUCUGCUGCCUCGUGGCCAUAUCGGACGCGCAGUCGCAGCACAUCGGCGUCAACUACGGCGAGGUGGCGGACAACCUGCCGCCGCCGGACGCCACGGCGCGGCUGCUCAAGUCCACCGCCAUCACCAAGCUCCGCCUCUACGGCGUCGACGCGGGCCUCAUCCGCGCGCUGGCCGGCACCGGCGUCUCCCUCGUGCUCGGGGUGGCCAACGGCGACAUCCCCGCCAUCGCCGCCGACCCCAACGCCGCCGCCGGCUGGCUCGCCGCCAACGUGCUGCCCUUCGUCCCGGCCACGGCCGUCUCCGUCGUCGCCGUCGGCAACGAGGUGCUCGAGUCCGGGGACGCCGCGCUCGCCGCCGCGCUGCUCCCGGCCAUGCAGAACCUCCGCGCCGCCGCCGUCGCGGCCGGCGACGGGGCAGCUGCCAUCAAGUUCUCCACGGUCAACACCAUGGCCGUGCUCGCGCAGUCCGACCCGCCCUCCACCGGCGCGUUCCGCCCGGACGCCGCCGCCCAGCUGCAGGGGAUCCUGGGCUUCCUCAGCCGCACCGGCGCGCCCUUCAUGGUCAACCCCUACCCCUACUUCGCGUACCAGUCCGACCCGCGCCCCGACACGCUCGCAUUCUGCCUCUUCCGCCCCAACGCCGGCCGCCUCGACGCCGGGUCCAAGAUCACCUACACCAACAUGUUCGACGCGCAGGUCGACGCCGUCAAGUCCGCGCUCGGCCGCGCCGGCUACGGCGCCGUCGACAUCGUGGUCGCCGAGACCGGGUGGCCGACGAAAGGCGAUCCCACGGAGCAAGGCGCCACCGUGGACAACGCCAGGGCCUACGUCUCCAACCUCGUCGCCCACCUCAGGUCCGGCGCCGGCACGCCGCUCAUGCCGGGGAGGCCCGUCGACACCUACCUCUUCGCGCUCUACGACGAGGACCUCAAGCCCGGCCCCGCCUCCGAGCGGGCCUUCGGGCUCUACCACACCGAUCUCACCAUGGCCUACGACGCCGGCCUCACCUCCUCCUCGUCCGGUGGAGGUGGCGGCAGCACGGCCACCACGCCGACGCCAACGACUCCGACCCCGAGCAAGGGGUCAGGGGGAUGGUGCGUGGCGAGCGCGGGCGCGACGGACGCGCAGCUGCAGACGGACCUGGACUACGCGUGCUCGCAGGUGGGCGUGGACUGCGGCGCCAUCCAGCCCGGGGGCGCCUGCUUCCAGCCCAACACGGUGCGCGCCCACGCCGCCUACGCCAUGAACCAGCUCUACCAGGCCGCCGGCAGCCACCCGUGGAACUGCGACUUCCGGCAGUCCGCCACCCUCACAUCCACCAACCCCAGCUACGGCUCGUGUGUGUUCACCGGAGGCCAAUGAAAUGAUGCAACCAACCGGAGCAUGCUAUGCACCACACCACGGCCGGCGUCUGCCUUGCGCCACCGCGUGAUUGUCUGUCAUUGUCCUGACAGGACGAGAGCUGAGUUGUUUGUGUACACACAUCCUGUUUAUUUUUCUGGACAAGCAAAGGCGCCAUUCAUUCGAAUUUAAAACAUUUUACAUGA